UUGGGGGUAAAACUAAAAAAAAAAAGAAAAAAAAAACCCGAAGCGUGAAAUCAAAUGGAAGAAUCCGGUAUGGAAUUGGGGUUGAAGGUAUCAGAUGCAGAAUUGGUGUUGUAUCUUCAUCCUUCCAAGUCCAAAAAUGUCACUCACGCCAUCUUUGAUGAACUCAGCUCCAUGCUUUUCAAGUUCAAUGAAACAUUUGAUGGUGUUUUAUUGGCAUACAGUGCUUUUACAAAAGAUGAGUCUGCUAAAAUCCUUCCAGGCCUAAAUCCUUAUUUUGGUGUGAAACUUCAGGCACAACUAUUACUUUUUUAUCCAAAACCAGACAUGCUUUUAGAAGGAAAGGUGGUGAAACUUGGGGAGCACUCUAUACACGUUGUUGUUCUUGGUUUUUCAUCGGCGACUAUUAUAGAUGAAGACAUUCGUGAAGAAUUCAGUUACAAAGUUAAACACGGGAAGGAAGUUUUUGCUAGCUCCUUAAAUAGACGCCAUAAGAUAGAGAUUGGAACCAUUGUACGUUUUGUGGUCAAGAGUUUUGAUGAGGAAAUACUUCAUAUAUCGGGAUCUUUAGUUCCACCCAACACAGGAAGUGUCAGCUGGCUGGAUAAACCUUUAGAAGAGGCAGAUACUACUACGAGUACUAUCAAGAAGAGGAAAGAACAUAAUAUGGAGAAUGACAAUGUGUCACUUUACAAUGAUUCUGUAUCUUUGAAAAGUGAUAAGCAGAUUAAGAAGUCGAAGAAACACUCCAGUGGCAAACCAAGAUAACUCCCCAAAUUUGGGACCCAACUAUUGGUAUUUAACAAAUUGGUUCAAGUUUUGCAAAAUCAGAUGUUCCUGAGAAAAAAAGGAGGUUAUACAAUGGGAGAUUUAUUGCUGAUACUUGGAUUCUCAGUUGCACCGACCUCAAUAUAUGAUGGCGCCAAAUGACAUAUGUACCAUCUUCAGAAACUGCUUUUGCGUUAGUACUGAAUACUGAUCGAUUAGUUUAAAUGCAUGUCUGCAGGUUUUUGUAAUAUUUUACUUUUCAUCAUUAGUAGUAACAUUACAUCUAACAUCCAUAACUUAUCAAUUUUCUUA